CCCACACGUGUCUGACACCCUUGAUAAGAGCCAUGAAAGGGGAUACAGCGGAUUCGGCGAUGUUAGUCCUUUCAUAAGAACACUCCUCACUGCGCCAUUUUCCUUUGCUAGUUCUUUCGACCUUCUGUUUCAAUAGUCCAGAAUUAUUUCUCACCUCGGGCGACUCGAAUGCAUCUUCUCAACUUAGAUCGUCGUCAUUGUUGAUUGGGCCUUGCUCGCCAACCUUUCACUAAUUGUCCUAACCAUUCCAUUUCUGUAUGCGCCCAAUACUACGCAUAGGCCGAGACCUUGGGAUAUACAGCCAACCUAUCUAGGUACCUAACACCUACCACCACCCUGGUCUAUAUAAUCGCAAGUUCAAGAUCGAAUAGUGAUAGUCGAGUGCCAAGUCAGCACCACCUAGAACCACGCGUAUUGCCCAUUUUAACGGUCGAACGCACGUGAGAUGGCACCUUCGUGGGCAAAUGAUUUACGGCGUCUCAACCGCAACAACUUUACGACUCUACAGACAGCGCCAUGGGCUGAAAUAUCGGGGUCACUGGGUGAUCUUGGCACCUUGCUGCCUUUGAUGAUUGCCUUGGCAGCACAAGGAUCCAUCGAUUUGGGAAGUACACUGGUGUUCACGGGCUUGUUCAAUAUCCUCACUGGCGUAUUCUAUGGUAUUCCUUUACCUGUUCAGCCCAUGAAGGCUAUUGCCUCAGCAGCCAUCCAGAAUGGCUCUCCUAUGGGUGUCGUAACGGCUGCAGGCCAAUGGGUUGGUGCUGCCGUACUCAUCAUGAGUGUUACAGGUCUCCUGAAGGGGGUUGUCCGUGUUGUACCACUCCCAGUAGUAAAGGGUAUUCAGUUGGGAGCAGGCCUCUCGUUGAUUCUCGGCGCCGGAUCUUCUCUGCUUCAGCCUCUGCACUGGGGCCAUCCAGCUCUUGAUAACCGUGUGUGGGCUUUGAUCGCUUUCCUCGUUCUAAUCGGCACACAAAAGCUCUCCCGGUUCCCCUAUGCUUUGCUCUUCUUUAUAUUAGCCCUUUUAUUUGCCUUUAUUCAGGUCGCUAUUUCUCACGAAAGCCUCCCGUGGCUUUAUGCUUGGCACCCUCGCUUUGUCAUGCCGCACUGGGUCGGAAAUGGUGAUUCGCCUGCCCUGUGGAUGGCCAUCGGACAACUGCCUCUGACCACACUCAACUCUAUCAUCGCCGUCAGUGCACUGUCCCAGGAUCUUCUACCCGAACUUCCCACUCCCUCGGUGACAUCAAUCGGAAUCAGCGUUGCGCUGAUGAACUUGAGCAGCACCUGGUUUGGAAGUAUGCCUGUCUGCCAUGGUGCCGGGGGAUUGGCCGCCCAAUAUCGCUUCGGAGCUCGAAGUGGCUCCAGCAUCGUCGUAUUGGGAGCUUUCAAGCUAGUACUGGGGCUUAUGUUUGGCGAAACUCUCGUAGAUCUCUUGAAGCACUACCCCAAGAGUCUUCUUGGCAUCAUGGUGAUAGCAGCUGGUCUCGAGCUCGCUAAGGUGGGCAACAGUCUCAACCAAGGAGCCACCGAUUUAUGGAACACGGCUGCAGGUCAGGGACUGCUUCGACAACGCGAUCUUUCAGAUGAUGAACGUCUUGAGAGAUGGACUGUCAUGCUCAUGACCACUGCUGGAAUUCUCGCUUUCAGGAACGAUGCUGUGGGGUUCUUUGCAGGCAUGCUCUGCCAUGGAGCGUAUCGUCUUUCGGAACGAUUGACAAAGCGAUACUCUCACCGUACAUUUUCAACUGAGCAUGAGGCCCUGCUUCACUGAACUUUCGGCGCUUUCACUGUAUGCUACGAAGACCCUAUGAAUACGCAUUUCGCAUGGCGUUUUGUUUCUUCUCGGACGAUAUGGGUAUCAACUUUGGGUGGUCGUCUUUUCUUUUCUCGGUAUGAGAACAUCAAAGGAUAGUCUGCAUCGUAGAAACUAUAUGUUAGCAUCCAAUAUCGAAAAUGUCCUUAGAGUUUGUUAUGUGGUGUUCGAUUUGAUGGGCGUAUUUUGACCAUAAAUUGCUAUAGCAUUAUUCAUGUUAGUUGAUGAUAAGCCUUGCUCUGAAUAUUUUGUGAAAAC